CGACAGACGAUCUCAAGAGUGAUUGGGAUGCAUCCAGCGACGAAGAAAAAGGAAAGCCCUCCGACGUGAAGGAAACUUGGGAUGAAUCGAGUGAUGAAGAGGAUGCGUUGAAGCCUGCGACUGAGCCAUCGAAACCUGCUGAGAAGGCGUCCAAUGUGAAAGCAGCAUCUGUUCAACCUGUGAAGAAGAUCACACAACCAGCCCUACCGUCUCCAAAAGUUUCUGCGCAAGCCAAACCUAAUAUUGGCAAACCUACUCAGGAUUCACAAGACUCUUCUGACUCUGAUUCGGCUUCUGACUCUGAUUCGUCUGAACAAGAUUCGGAAUCGGAAUCGGAAUCGGAAUCAGACUCGGAUGACGGAAUGACAAAGGCCGAGAGGUUGGCUGCUCAACGCAAAGCGGAGGCGGUAGCUCGCAGGGCGAAGGCUCACGAAGCUGCCCUUGCAGCACGAAGCAAAGAUGAUCUGCGCAGUCCGAUAUGCUGUAUCUUGGGCCACGUCGACACGGGUAAGACCAAGUUGUUGGACAAGAUUCGGCAGACGAACGUCCAAGAAGGCGAAGCAGGUGGUAUCACACAGCAAAUUGGUGCCACAUAUUUUCCACGGGAAGCUAUCAGAACGAAGACUGCCGUGCUCAACAAGGGAAAUGAGCAAGAGUACAAGGUCCCGGGUUUACUGGUUAUAGAUACCCCAGGUCACGAAUCCUUCACAAACUUGCGCACUCGUGGCAGUUCCUUGUGCAAUAUUGCCAUUCUAGUCGUCGAUAUCAUGCAUGGUCUGGAACAACAAACCUUGGAAUCCCUCCGCCUCCUCAGAGAUCGCAAAACGCCGUUCAUCGUAGCUUUGAACAAGAUCGACCGUAUAUACGGAUGGAACCCGACUCUAGAUGGCGCACUACAAGAAUCCCUUGCGAAGCAGACACGAACCGUGCAGCGUGAAUUCGAUGACCGUGUUCAAAAGACAAUUCUGGCUUUCGCAGAACAAGGUCUCAAUGCAGUCUUGUACUACGAGAACAAGAACUUCGCUCGAAACGUCUCCAUCGUACCUACAUCUGCGAUCACAGGGGAGGGCGUGCCAGACAUGAUCAUGUUGCUGGUGAAUUUGACACAGCAGCGCAUGAGCGAUCGCUUGAUGUACCUCUCCGAGUUGGAGUGUACCGUCCUUGAAGUCAAAGUCAUCGAAGGUCUUGGGACAACUAUCGAUGUCGUCCUGUCCAAUGGUAUUCUUCGCGAAGGAGAUAAGAUCGUGGUUUGUGGUCUCAACGGACCUAUCGUGACCCAAGUCCGCGCCCUAUUAACCCCGCAACCUCUCAGGGAGUUACGAAUAAAGUCGGUAUAUGUUCACCACAAAGAAGUCAAGGCUGCUUUGGGGGUGAAGAUCGUAGCCCCAGAUCUUGAGAAGGCAAUCGCUGGUUCGAGGCUUCUAGUAGUAGGACCAGAAGACGACGAAGAUGACAUGCGGGAGGAGGUCAUGUCAGAUCUCACAACUCUUCUCAAUUCCAUCGACAAGUCAGGUCGUGGUGUUUGUGUACAGGCCAGCACACUCGGGUCUCUCGAGGCUUUGCUCGACUUUCUGAAAUCAAGUAAAGUCCCGGUAUCCGGUAUCAACAUUGGGCCUGUUCACAAGAAGGAUGUCAUGCGAGCGGGCACAAUGUUGGAGAAAGCUCGCGAGCUAGCAUGCAUCCUCUGUUUCGAUGUCACUGUUGAUAAGGAUGCAGAGCGCAUGGCUGAGGAGAUGGGUAUCCGUUUGUUCAAAGCCGAUAUCAUCUAUCACCUAUUCGACGCGUUCACUGCAUACAAUGCCGAGAUACAGGAGGCCAAGCGGAGAGAUGCCGCUCCCAUAGCAGUUUGGCCUUGUCGCUUGAAGAUCAUUGCGUGCUUCUGUAAACGAGACCCGAUCAUCUUGGGCGUUGACAUCUUGGACGGCACCUUGCGGAUAGGAACGCCACUAUGUGUGAUCAAGAUAGACCCAGUGACUGGAGCUAAGGAAAUCAUAGAAUUGGGAAAGAUCACAUCUUUGGAGAUCAAUCACAAAUCUAUGGAAAUCGUAAAGAAGUCGCAAGCUGGCGGCGGUGUCGCGGUCAAGAUUGAGCAUGCUGUCUAUCAAUCAGCCAAGAUGUUUGGGCGGCAUUUUGACGAUAAAGACGAACUUUACAGUCGUGUAACGCGCCAGAGUAUCGAUGUUCUCAAAACUUCUUUCAAAGCUGACGUGACCACUGAAGAAUGGCUCCUGAUCAAGGCCUUGAAGCCACGACUGAACAUUCAAUGAGAUCUCUUGCCUUCCUUGCAUUGACUUCGGCCUUGAACGAUCCCAAUCUCUGGCUGGGACUCCUGACAGUAUAUUUGUAUUGAACAAGCUAUCUGCAUCAUGUUGUUUUUGUAUGGAAGAUCAACUCUCACUCAUCGACCAGAUUUCGUUUGUACGAUACCGUUCUCCGCCUUCAAUAUCCAUCUCCCGUCGGUGUGAUGCGGUGCAUGUAUGAAAAUCAAUACGGUAGCGGUCGCCCUGUGAUAGUCUUCACUCUCUC